UGUUAGAAAUUAGAUAAUGUCUCUCUUAAACAUUAGCUAUUUCCAACAUAAAAAAUGCUAGUGUUGUUGUAUUAUGUUUUGUUACCUGUUCUAUUCAUCAUUCAUGGAUCCUGUUUAAUAGGAAAUGUGUGUAAAAAUCUUACAACCCAAGAGGACUACUGCUGCUUUGGAAGUGAGCAGAUUGGUAACAAUUGUCAAGUAUGCCAAAUAGGAUAUAAUACAGAAGAAAAUGGAAUUCCGUGCCAACCGUGUGGUCCUCGUAAUUACGGCAAGAAAUGUACAAGCAUCUGUCAAUGCUCCAUAACUGAAAGAUGUAACCAUGUUAAUGGCUCCUGUACUUCUGAAGAACAAAUCACGACACUAAGUCCGUAUGUUUCUACAGAUACCACCUCAGAUGAAAUUAAAAUACAAAGUACAAGCAGAACUACUUUUUUCAAGAAACUGGACAUCACAGACAAAGUUUCUGAUGAAACAGUAACAAAAUCUGUUCAAAAUAAUCUUCUUGAACAGACAGGCCCUUUUACAACAACGAACCUGAUAAUCUACUGUCUAUCAGCUGCUUGUUUUAUACUUGUGAUGGUCUUGUGCUAUAAACAUAAACUAAAAGCUAUGAAGAAAAAGUUACGUGUUAUAACUAAUCCAGUAGAUGUUGUUUUGAAUGUUUCGAACGAUAAACCAAAUGCUGAGGAAAGUGAGAUCGAAAGUGACUUAUAUAUGUAUCACGUGAUUGAUGAAAGUCAGAUGGUAGUAUCAUGUGACAAACCGAAUAAACCGAAUAAAACAAAUGUUUACUUAGACGUUGUAAGUUCGUCUGUAAGUGAAUCUUCAGACAUUGAAGAUAAAACAAAAGACGCCAACGAAUAUCUUCAUCCAUAUCAUUCAUUAGUAGAAAACACAAAUUCCCAUGAGUAUGAAGGCGACUCAAACUUUCAAGAUAAAACAGAAGAUGGAUACCUACAUCCGUAUAACGCUUUACUAGAAAAACGGAAAUCCGUAAAACAUGACUACGAAAAAGGUGUUCUACGCACUAAUGGAAGCCAUUCUUCAUCUUCGACUUCGUCUCUUCCGAAUUCCGAUAAAGAAGGAUAUAUGCACAUGUAUCAGCAAUUAGAAAAAGAACUAAAAAGAAAGUCCCAUCAGUAUGAAAUUUCUGCUGAAAUAAACAUAACAGCUGGAAGGUCAAAUUCAUUUAACGUUGUAAUGAAUGGUAACAGCACCCAAACCCAAAAUGUCGUGCGUAAAAACAACGAAAGUGUAAGUCAAGACGAAUUGAAAUUGCCAACUACAAUGUCAUCCAUGUCAAAAUUACUUGAACAGGACAAUUAUCGAAAUAUCAUAGAGGAUGACUGUAAAACAAAAGGCCAGACACUUUGAUAUUGGUGUUAAAAAAAGAAAAAUGCUU